AUGGCGGAUGUUCGCGAGCUCCUGCGCGCAGAACGUGCCAACCGUCGCAUCACACAUCCCCACGCCUCCUACACAAAAGACAACAAGUUGCUGUGUAACCUAUGCGGCAAAUUGGUCAAGAGCGAGGCGCAGUGGCAGAGCCAUCUCCACUCCACACAGCACACCCAGCGCAGUCAGACUCCUGAUCCGGGGCCAGCUGGUCCGGCAUCUACGGGAACGAAAAAGAGGAAAGCGGAGACGCCUCCUGCACAAGACGAUGUGGAGGAUAGGAAGAGAGCACGGUCCGACGAGGAUGAUGUAGAGGAGGAUGAAACAAGGCUGGCAAAGAUCGUCAAGAUUGAUCAUGAGCCUACGAAGGAACAUCAACCGACUAUCGAGAGCACUGCAACUCCUGCAUUACCAACAGAAGAAGACAUCGACGAGGAGGAGUUGGCGGCUUUCGAGCGUGAGCUCGCAGAUUUGGAAAACUCCAUGGGCACGUUCGCAACGACGUCGGCUCUGAACGCAGAUGCAACCAUAUCAGCAGCGCCAGUCACUGCAGAAGAGUUGGCGGCGCAAGCACGGGAAGAGCAGUCAUCACAACGGAGCAAGAGGGAUGCAGAGUUGGAGGAUGAGAAGGAGGAUGCUGCGAGAUUACUGGAGGAUGAGUUCGAAGAAAUGGAGGGUCUGGAGGAGCGAGUAAGGAAGUUGAGGGAAAGGAGAGAGGCAUUAAGAUUGGGACGGAGUACAGACGGAGACGGAGGAGGCGGUGCGGAUGAAGCGACUACCAGUCCUGCGGUCAAUAGCCGAUCAGUGGAGAAGGUGGAAGAAUCAGACGACGACGACGACGACGAUGACGAUGAAAACGAUGGAUGGAACUUUGCAGCGAGCUGA